GAGAUAUACGACGGUGACGACGACGACGACGACGACGACGACGACGUGACUCUACGUCCCGGAAAGGCCGACGAGCCGGUGACCUCUCACGAGGGAAAGACGAAGACGAAAUACGCACGACUACGACGACUGUUCUUCUACAUCCCAUUAAAGCCCCGUCCCCACCACCACCACCAGCGGCUAGCCAGCGCUGUCACUGUCGACACCAUGCCCUCCAUCGUGCCCUCCUUCUUGCGCAGGCGCCAGACCGAGGAGGUCACUCCCGUCCCUGGACCCCUCGAGGCAGAGGUUCAGGCAUCCGGAGUCGAUAAUAUCAAGGGUCUCUUCCCGUCCGAGAAGAUCAACAAGCUCGACCCCAACUUCCCAAUCGAAGAGUUCAACGAUGUCGACGCCGCCAUCGCGACCGGCAAUGCCGAGAAGGGCAUCGAGAUUGAGCAUGCUCUUAUGGAGGAUAACAGCCCGUAUCCUGAGGUGAGAGCUGUGGUGCGCAACUACGAUGUCGAUGUCCCUGCCAACACCGUGCGUGCCUGGGUCAUUGGCAUGAUUCUCUGCACCAUCGGCUCCGGAGUCAACAUGCUGUUCUCUCUGCGGAACCCCAGCGUCUCCAUAACCACCUAUGUCAUUCAGCUCGUUGCCUACCCCAUCGGCCGCGCCUGGGAUCUCGUCAUGCCCGACCGCGAGUGGAACCUGUUUGGGCUCAAGUUCAACUUGCGCCCUGGAAACUUCAACUACAAGGAGCAUGUCGUCAUUGUGGCCAUGUCCAAUGCUGCCUAUGGCGGUGGAUCCCUCUAUGCCACCGACGUUCUCCUAGCUCAGCGCCUCUUCUAUGGCCAGGACUUUGGCUGGGCCUUCCAGCUCAUGUUCGGCAUCAGCACGCUGUGCAUCGGCUAUGGUCUUGCCGGUCUUGCGCGCCGCUUCCUGGUCUGGCCCGCUGCCAUGAUCUGGCCCGCCGACCUGGUCAACUGCGCCCUGUUCUACACCCUCCACGACCACUCCGUCUCCGACCCGACCAAGACAAACGGCUGGAAGAUUGGUCGCUACAGGCUGUUCCUGAUCAUCUGCGGUGCCGGCUUCAUCUGGUACUGGUUCCCCGGCUGGCUGUUCAAGGGUCUCUCCUACUUCACCUGGAUCUGCUGGAUCGCGCCCGACAACGUCGUUGUCAACAAGCUGUUUGGCGGCAUGAACAACUACGGCCUGAUGCCCAUCUCCUUUGACUGGACCAUCAUCAGCGGCUACAUUGGCUCCCCGCUGAUCCCUCCCUUCCACGCAAUCUCCAACGUCCUGGGCGGCAUCUUCAUCGUCUUCAUCUUCAUCUCCAUGGGCAUCCACUUUAGCGGCGGCUGGUACGCCGACUUCUUGCCUGUCCAGUCCACCGAGUCGUACGACAACACGGGCGCCCUCUACAACGUGACGCGUAUCCUCGAUGCCAACAACCACCUGAACGAGACGGCCUACAAGGAAUACUCGCCCCUCUUCCUUUCCACGCAGUUUGCUCUCGCCUACGGCCUGUCGUUUGCCGCCGUGUCGGCCGUUAUUAUCCACGUUGCCCUGUACUACGGCAAGGACAUCUGGACUCAGUUCAAGAUGGCUCGCCAUCAAGAGGACGAUGUUCACAUGCGCUUGAUGAAGAAGUACCGCGACGCCGAGGACUGGUGGUACGCAGGUAUGUGCAAACCGUAUACUGCCCAUGACAGAGCCCCCCCCCCUCCUGUUCCUGCGAUGCUUCUGAACCUUGCUGACACUACGCUUUUUUUUCUUGGUCUAGCCCUUUUUGUCGUCAUGGUGGCCAUCUCAUUCGGCGUCGUGGCUGGCUGGCCUACAGGCUUCCCUGCCUGGGCCUUCCUCAUCUGCGUGCUGAUCCCGAUCAUCUGGCUCAUCCCCAUCGGACUGAUCCAGGCAACCACGAACGUCCAGCUAGGUCUCAACGUGCUCACCGAGUUCGUCAUCGGUUACAUGGUGCCUGGGCGACCGCUAGCCAUGAUGAUGUUCAAGACAUACGGUUACAUCUGCAUGGGCCAGGCGCUGUACUUUGCCCAGGACCUCAAGAUGGGCCACUACAUGAAGGUACCGCCCCGCGUCAUGUUCUCGUCGCAGCUUAUCGCCUCGAUAUGGUCGGCGAUAGUGCAGGUGGGCGUGAUGAACUGGGCGCUGAAGACGAUUCCGGACGUGUGCUCGCUGGAGCAGCCCAACAACUACACGUGCCCCAACAGCCGGGUCUUUUACACGGCGUCGGUGGUGUGGGGGGCCAUCGGUCCCGCGCGCAUCUUCAGCGGGAAAGCCCUGUACUCGUCCCUCCAGUGGUUCUGGCUGAUCGGCGCCGUGACCCCCAUCGUCACCUGGCUGCUCGCCCGCCGCUGGCCCAAGUCCUUCUGGCGUUACGUCAACCUGCCCGUCAUCUACGGCGGGUCCGGGCUUCUCCCGCCCGCCAGCGUCUACAUCUACCUCUGCUGGGGCGUGGUGGGCAUCGUCUUCAACUACUUCAUCAAGCGCCGCUACACGGGGUGGUGGCUGCAGUACAACUACGUCGUCUCGGCGGCCCUCGACUGCGGCCUCAUCUUCUCCACCCUCGUCAUCUUCUUCACCCUCUACCUGACGGAGACGAGGCCGCCUCAGUGGUGGGGCAACACAGAUGCCGUGCAUACCAUGGAUUUUCUGCACAAGGCCGUCAAGAUGAAGCUGAAUCCCGGGGAGACCUUUGGUCCGACCGAAUGGCCUUGA